CUACAGCAAGGAGUCUUUAGCCACUUGCAUGAAUUAAGAUGGCUAAUCCUAGAUGAAAACCCCAUUGUAAAAGUUAGCCAGGAGCUCUUCACUGGGUUAGAGUCAUUGUUUUUCUUGUCAAUGAUAAACAACUCACUGGAAGCUCUUCCGCAAAAGCUAUGUGCCCAGAUGCCACAUUAAUUGGAUAGAUUUUGAAGGAAAUAAUAUCGGAGGACUGAGUAAUUCCAGUUUUGUAACCUGUGAUGAGCUCACUGUUCUGUUCUUACGUGGGAACCGGAUCAGCUUAGUGACAGAAAACAUAUUUUCAUCUUUAAGAAGUUUAGCAGAAAUAGCUCUGGAAAAAAUCGAAAUUCCGAAUAUAAGCACAAGAAUGUUCCAGCCAAUGAAGAAUCUGACUCACAUAUAUUUUAAAAAAUUCAGAUAUUGUUCCUAUGCACCUCACGUGCGGGUAUGUACACCACUUACAGACGGUAUUCAUCAUUUGAAAACCUCCUGGCCAACACAAUUCUCCGAGUCUUUGUCUGGGUGAUAGCCUGCAUUACCUGCUUCGGCAACAUCUUUGUCAUUGGAAUGCGAUCAUUUAUUCAAUCAGAAAACAAGACUCACACUAUGUCCAUAAAGAUCUUGUGCUGUGCUGACUGUCUGAUGGGUGUCUAUCUGUUUUUUAUUGGAGUGUUUGAUGUUAAGUACCGUGGACAGUAUAAAAAGUAUGCCUUGCUAUGGAUGGAAAGUCUACAAUGCAGGAGCCUUGGAUUUCUAGCCAUGCUGUCUACAGAAGUAUCUGUUCUGCUUCUGACCUAUUUGACUUUGGAGAAGUACCUAGCUAUUGUAUUUCCAUUCAGCAACAUUCGUCCAGGCCAACGGCAGACAUUUAUAAUUUUGAUGACGAUAUGGGUCAUUGGAUUUAUAAUUGCUGUAGUUCCAUUCUGGAAUGAAGACUUUUUUGGAAAUUACUAUGGAAAAAAUGGUGUUUGUUUCCCUUUGUAUCCAGAUCAAACCGAAGAGCCUGGAGGCAAGGGAUAUUCUUUGGGAAUAUUUCUAGGUGUAAACCUGGUCGCGUUUAUUAUCAUAGUCUUCUCCUAUGUCAGCAUGUUCUGUUCCAUACAGAAGACAGCUCUGCAGACGUCAGAAAUUAGAAGCCACAUUCACAUGGAUGUUGCUGUUGCCAACAGAUUUUUCUUCAUAGUGUUUUCAGAUGCCGUGUGUUGGAUUCCUGUGUUUCUUCUGAAGAUUCUUUCCCUGUUCCAUGUAGAAAUCCCAGGAACUGUAACUUCUUGGAUUGUGAUAUUCAUUUUGCCGGUUAACAGUGCCCUGAACCCCAUCCUGUACACAUUAACUACAAGCUUCUUCAAAGAAAAACUGAAACAGCUACUACAUAGACAGCGUAGGAGAUCCAUAUUUAGGAAUGAGCGGAAGAGUUUGUCCACGUCACUGGUAUGGAACGAGGAGCCUAUUGUCCAACAUUCCAAUCUUAAACUUGGGUUUCUCCAUAAAAAGACUGCUGGGGAAACAAAUAUUAAGACAACAUGA